UCCAUCUAUAAUUAUUGUGUAGAAGUACAUACUACUGAGAAUAUUACUUAAAUAAAAAAAAAAAGAGAAAAUCCAGAUAUGAAAUUACACCACAGCAUUUAUCACCAACCUUUUCUCCCUUCACUACAUAUCAACAAAACUCCUCCAAACAUUUCUCCUUACCUCAACAAACAUACAAAAAAAAAAUGGUGGCUUUCACAGAGCUCACCGCCUCCAUCCUCCCUCUCCUCCUCCUCGCCGCCUUCCUCUACACAUAUCUCCGCCGCCGCUCCCUCCUCCGCCCCCCUCCCUCCCCCCGCAAGCUCCCCAUCAUCGGCAACCUCCACCAGCUGGGCGCAUUCCCCCACCGGUCCCUCCACUCCCUCUCCCAACACCACGGCCACCUCAUGCUCCUCCACUUGGGCUCCGUCCCCGUCCUCAUCGCCUCCUCCGCCGCCGCCGCCGCCGAGAUCAUGAAAACCCAAGACUCCCUCUUCUCCAACCGCCCCAAGCUCAGCAUCGCCGACCGCCUCACCUACGGGUCCCACGACGUCGGCUUCGCCCCCUACGGCGACUACUGGCGCCGCGUCCGCUCCGUCUGCGUCCUCCAGCUCCUCUCCAACAAGCGCGUCCAAUCCUACCGCCGCGUCCGGGAGGAAGAAACCUCCCUCCUCCUCCGCAAAAUCGCCUCCUCCCAAAACCAAACAAACCUCAGCGAAGCCUUCCAGAAGCUGACGAACGACGUCGUUUGCAGAAUCGCGCUCGGUAAAAAAUACAGCGGCGGCGACGGAGAAGAAGGGAUGGUGUUUGGGGAGAUCGUCGACGCGCUGAUUGAAUUGCUGGGGACGUUCAGCGUGGGAGACUACGUGCCGUGGCUGGGGUGGAUUAAUCGGAUUAAUGGAUUGGAUGCGAGGGUUGCGAGUGUAGCCAAGAUGUAUGAUGAAUUUCUUCAGAGAGUGAUUGAGGAGCAUAGGGAGAAGGGGGAAAGGGAAGGGAGGGUUGCGGAUUUCGUUGAUGUGCUGCUGCAGUUUCAGAGGGAGAGUGAGGAGAAGGUGGAGGAUUACACCAUUAAAGCUGUGAUUGAGGACAUGUUCAACGCCGGAACCCACACCACAUCCACAGCUUUAGAAUGGACGAUAGCCGAGCUUAUAAAAAACCCAAGAACCAUGAAAACAUUGCAAACCGAAGUCCGAGAGAUCGGGAAAGGCAAGGACGAGAUCAACGAGGACGACAUCGAGAAAAUGCCCUAUCUGAAAGCCGCAAUCAAGGAAGGCCUAAGGCUGCACGCGCCAACCCCACUCCUCCUCCCCCGCGAACCAACUCGGGACACCAAAGUGCUAGGCUAUGACGUGGCGCGCGGCACUCAGGUGAUGAUCAACGCGUGGGCAAUCAACAAGGAUCCGGCCUCGUGGGGCGAAGAUGCUGAGGAGUUUCGUCCAGAGAGGUUCCUUGACUCGAGCGUGGACUUGAGAGGGCAGCACCUCCAGUUCAUCCCGUUUGGGGCUGGCAGGAGGGGCUGCCCCGGGAUCACGUUCACAUUGGCUGUGAACGAGCUGGCGCUGGCGAAGUUGGUGCACAAGUUCGACUUCGGGUUGCCUGGUGGAGUUCGGGUGGAGGAUUUGGACAUGAGCGAAGCGAGUGGAGUGAGUGUGCGUAGGAAAUCUCCUCUGGUUGUUGUUGCUACCCCAGCUGCCUAAGUUGAUGAAUUCAAGAAUUUGGAAGAAAGAUUAAGAUGGUGUUAAUGUGAAAUGUAAGAAGUCUUCUUCGCUAGAUUGAUUAGGUUCAUGAAGCAGCAAAGAUAAGUAUGUUGAAACUGAAUUAAGGCUUUUGUUUUUCCCAUCGACUUAAAGAUUUAGAUGGUCUUAA